AUGAUUGUGAAAGAUGAUGGUGAUGAUGAUAAUGAUGAUAACCUUAUUAACGUGGUUCAGUUUAUUUCUUCUAAUUAUUUUCAGGCAACUGAUCUUGAUUUUAUUUGAUUUAAUUGGAUGCUUUUGGUAGAUAAAGAGUCUGACAAAAACUUUGUAUAGAAAAACAAGAAGUACAUUUGAUAUGUAUAGACACUCAUGCAUUUGUGAUAAUUAUCUUUUGUAAAAUAAAAGGUUGGGUAUUUAAACCCUGGGGGGGGGGGGGUACUCCCUUAUAUAAGCUAUAUAGGUAUGUACCACCCCAUCAGGUAGGGCUUUUGUGCCAGUGGUCUGAAAACAGGUAUACAUGUUUCCCAUUUUGGUGAAUUGUGUAUGGUUUUCGAGGGAACUAUGGGAGUGUAUGAACGUAGUUAUCGUUUCAAUUCCAGCUAAGUAAAACAGAAAGAGAAAUAUGAGAAUUCAAUAUGGAUUGGAAGAAUUUUUUGUUUGCUCUCUAAUCUAAGUAAUGAUAACAUAAUUUUUGCCUAAAGGCCAGGUCUGAUCGGAAAAUGGGUGUUGAGAAUUACAUUUUUUGGUCUGAAAUAGGGUCAGCAUUUGGAGAACCAGGUGGCACACCCCCACCAAGAAUUCCCAGAAGUACCCCCCCCUCCCAGGUUUGAACCACUGGCCUUACAUUAAAACCCCUAAGCUGUCAGUGUCCAGGGCCACCCACUUUCUACUCUAUUGGUGUUAUAUAUCACUUCAUAAAAGAAAUCAAUAUUGUUAUUUCAAAUAAUGCAGUCAACACUCCCUUAACCUGUGUAAAGCCACCCCCUCCCCUCAGUUGACUGAAUCAGGAAAAAGCCCCUUUCCUGAUUUUUUUUUCCUGAGCGGAGGGGUGGUUGUACACAGGCUACCCUACAACACAGUAACCUAGAGUUGGUCCCUGGAAUUCUUCAAUUAUUAUCUUUAACUGAGACCCCUUUUACAUUGGACGCCCUGUGCUGGUCCAAAUGGUGUCCAUCUUAGAGACAGCUGAGACAUUAUUAAAUGUUGUUGGUAAAUUAUGUAAGCACUUGAGAAUUUUUUAAGAAUGCUUAAGAAGUUACAUAAUCACACAGCCUCCUUCCCAGAGGUUUCGGCGAUUUCUGGUUUGACAUCACCUGUCAAGCUAAUCUGAAGAAUUCAUUCUGGUUCCUCCACUCACAUGAAAACCAUGAACUGGCCUGGGGACAAGGCUGAUAAGCACAUUGCUACAGCUCAUUCCUCCACUUUGAGCACUUUUUUCUUGUGGAGUAACCCCUUUGUGCUUAUGUAAUUAGAUAAUGCAUUUGGCAAAUUUUUGUUGUAAUAUAUUUGACAUUACAGUACUAAACUGUAACUUAGUAAUAGUAAUAGUAAUAUUCAUUUUGCUCUAUUUAACUGUUUACAUUUGAGCGAAGAUGGGCAGAUGAAAUAAAAUCAAUAUUGAAUAAUUUAUGAUUAGCAGCCUUGUAUUAUUAACUUACGUUAAGUCUUUACUGCAACUGUGUGAGCCGCCUGCAACACAGGCUACUGUUUUGUGAGUUUUUUUAAUGCAAACAAACUGAAGGUUUUAAAGCCAACAAACUAUUUCACAACUUAUUUGUACCAGUUAAGUAGGUGAUGCAUAUGAAAUAAAUCAUACAAAAAUUCUUUUUUGUGCCCAUGUUACUUCCAAGUGCCUGCUACGCAGGCUAGCACCCCACCUCUAUACACUCAACCCCUUUUAAGCUUAUCAUGAUAGGGAUGAGGAGAGAGACACUUUAUGUAUAAGUGAUUUAACUUCAUUAAACUUACAAGACAGCUUGAUAUCCAGUUAAUUUUACACCGAUUACUCUACACACAAAGGCACCAAUAAAGGUUUCUCAGGGAAACUGCCCAUCUACCUUCCCCUAAACCAACAUUAACACUUACUUGUCACCUAGAGCAACAUGUUGGCUUAGGGAGGGGUAUGUGAGCAGCUUCCCAGAAAACUAAAUUGAAAAAGCCCCAGCUUCUGAUAAGCCCCAGUUUAGAAGCUUCUAGUACUGAUAGAAAUACGCACUUCCCGGGAAAGGGGGACUGAGUAGAGAAAAUACAAUACGCAUUUUCCCUCACUCCCUACCAUUCACCCUACCAGGGUGCUUUAUACCGUAAUCCGGAGCAAACAAUUUCCAUGUAUUCUUCCCAAAACAUUUCACAGACCAGUUAUUUUUAGACUUAUUUUGAGGCAAAUCUACGAUACAUGUAGAUCAUUGCGUAUGUUCCGAAGUUCCAAGAUCCAAAGUUAAAAUAUUAGUUUUGAGCAUUUUAACGAAAAAUUUUUCCCUAUGACAGAAGUCCACAACCCCCUUUCCCCCAAGGUGUGUACUAGGAAAGCUUUUAAUUUCGACUCCGUUUUAGAAAAUAAAUAUGCACUAAAAAUGAUAUACCCUUCCAGAGAGCUCAGAGAAGCUCUCACUUUCAAUUUUUAGGUCUGGUGGUGAGAUAUAACGUGAUUACAUUUUAACUGCAUAUCUUUUAAUACAAACCUGUUAAUAUGUGGCAAGUUUGCCGCGGUAGUAACCUUUGUGGAAAUUUUUGUUCGUAGAUUGAAGAUUUUACACACAUUAGUCUAGGUUUCAUUCGUUAUACUGCAGAACAUGUUUUGUACCUUGAAUUGUUAGGAGAGCAGAUGAGGCGGCCUGGAAAGUCAGCUAAAUAUGUUAAAGAACCCUCGUUCGGGCCUUGUCCUGUUGUGGCUUCAUAAGAAGCACACUUUGACAUACAACUCGAAUCCUGUAUUAGGUAAUCGAAUAAUUAGAUGUAUUUACGCUGUAUAAGCUAAUAAGAUAAUAAGGUGUAUUUACCUGUGUUCCUGUGACUUUAUGAGUCUUUUUGGAAAGGAUUUGAAUCCGAUCAGAGACAGUUAAAAUUGUUGGUAUCAAAUGGUUGUUUGUCAAGCGCUUCGUAAAGAGGACGCGACAGUUUAUACCUCUCAAGUUUCCAAAGAGAGUUACGUUAAUACUUAACUUGAGACUUAACUGUCGCGUCCGAUGUGCCAGACAAACAAACAUUUGACACCGGAAUGUUAUAAACCGUCUCUGGUCGGAUUCAAAUCCCUUCCAAAACGACCCCUAAAUACACAGAAACACAGGUAAAUGCAUCUUAUUUUACUAGCUAAUACAGCUUAAUUAAAUGCAUCUUAUUAUUUUAUUAGCUGAUACAGCGUUCGUGUUCCCCGUGUGAGAAGUCACGCGCGCGAGCGGCUCGCGAGGGGGGUCACGAGAACGAGGAAGCGCGUUCUCUCGAAGCUUGCUUUGCUCACUAAUGGUGUCUCGCAUUGGGACAAAUGGUCUUAGCUAGUGGCUUGAUGACACUGAGGUAAACACUGGGCACUGAAAUUAAGACUUCAAAAUUUUAAAAUUUGUUUCUGUCUUUAUUUUAUGUUUCAGUUGUUGGGCGUGUGUUUGACAUCUCGCGUUCGCAGUCGACGGCAGAAACCAUAUUUGGACUGAACACAAGCUUGGCCGAACGCUGUCAAGUACACAUAUCAUUACAGACGUUCUCUUGGUACUUGUUGGUGACAGCAAUUUUACCUGAUGUCUCAAAGGAAAUUCAGUCAUAUUGAUCGUGACAGUACAAAAUGUUUAUUUAAUAUCUGACAUCCCGCUAAAGCUACGUUAUAAAAAAGGGCAGCGAAAAGUGCAACUUGUCUUACAACAUUGCUACAAAACGAGUUAAUUGCGAUUUUGCGCGUUUUACCACCCACAAAUCAAACUAGGGCCACUGGGUGGGUACUCCUGGGAAUUCUUGGUUGGGGGUGUGCCGCCCGUUCUCCAAAUCCUGAUGCUAUUUCAGACCAAAUAAAUGUCUUUUUUCACAUCCGUUUUCAGUCAGACCUGGCCUCCAAAAUCCAUACCCGGGUGUAUUGAUUACGGCCAUGUUCAAUAUAGGGACAGGUGGUGCAAUUCCUGUUGUUGCACCGAAAGGAACCGGGGGUGGGUCGUGAGUUACUGGUGUCGGUGCUGUUACUCUGGGCUCUAAGGAGGAUGUCGCUAAUAUUUUCACAACGGCGAUAAGCUACUAACGGAAGGUUUUGAAAAACUGUUAGGCUGAACAGUUUUCAAAAACCCUAAUUUCAAUCUGUUUCAAUCUUCUUCAGUUUUGCCCAUCCGUGCAUCUGUUGUUUCUGUUAUGUUAUUUUAACCUUCCCUUAAAGUUUUAAGCGGUCAUUUUUAUGUUUCUCUUAAUUGAACGGGCAUUUUGUAAUUUCCUAAUUGACACAGCUCGUUAAAAUUCAUUUUAAAUUUGCAUAUUUCUCUCUCUUUCUUAUUCAUUUGGAAUGGAAACGAUAAAUACGUUUAUACAUUCCCGUAGUUCCCUCGAAAACCAUACCCGAUUCCAGACCAAAAUGGGCAAAGUCAGAACCCCAAAGGGAAAGUCUACACCCGUUUUCAGACCAAAGCGGCGUAAAAACUAUACCCUCGUGGGCGUCAUAUACCUAUAUGUCUUUUUAUAAAGGAGUACCCCCCCUACCCCCCCGCUUCUCUUGGGUGUUUAUAUUUUGCUGAAAUUGGAAUGUAACGGGAUGAUUUAAAGUAAUGUCAUUGUUUAAUAACCGACAAAAACUGAAAAAUAUUAGCAAUUUUGGGAAAUAGGAAAAGAAAAGGAAAUAGGAUGCCGGGAAACCUCAACAGCCGUAGGCAAUUGGCAGGCCUGAAUAAGUUAUUAUUUAUUUGUUAUUUAUAAUAAAGAUAAAGUUAUUGUAAUAUGUUUCAGAAAAAUUACAGCUUGUAUGGUUAAUAAAGUUAUAGAAAACUAAACUUUCGUAGGCAAUUGGUAGGCCUGAAUAAUUGAUUGUUAUUUAUAAUAAAGAUAAAGUUAUUGUACUAUGUUUCGGAAAAAUUACAGCUUGCAGGGGCGGAUCUAGGGGGAGGGUGCAGGGGGUGCGCCUCCCCCUCCCCGGCCCCCUGAGAUGACCUGCGGUUUUCUAAUACAACUGGUAUUCUGCAAAAAAAAAAACUAUGUGGUUGAUUGGUGUUGAAGUGGAGGAAGAGACGAGUGCACCCCCUCCUAAAAGAAAUCCUGGAUCCGCCCCUGGCUUGUAUGGUUAAUAAAGUUAAUAAAGUUAUAGAAAUAAACUUUCAACUUUCAGGAGCAGCUAAUCGGCUCCUGGCUGAUUCUGUUCUUUUGUAAAAGAAACUGGAAAAAAUCAAAAGAUAUGUCAUGUCCUACGGUUUCUUUCACCUGACAAUCAAUUAUUUCUCGCAUUUUAUGCUUUAGAGGGUAUACGUAAACCAACAAUUGAACUUACCCUCAGUUCGUAACUCUACGCGCAUACCAUCCACGCGUGGUUGUGUUCGCAGGAGACUGGAAAUGACCAAUGACCUGCCAAACACCGCAUGGGGACUCUGUGGAACUUAGAGCAUGGCUCUAGGUUUCUUCGACUUCAAGAUGUCGAAGAUAAAGAUAACGGAACGUACAGUAAUGCUGAGCACUUAGAUUUCUAUGAUUUAGCUAUGGAGAAACAAUGGUUGCUUUUGAAUCCCUAUCACAAACGAUCCACAAAAAAAAAAAAACUUUUUUAUUGAUUUUGUUUAUUUUCUCCUAUUUUCUCCGCACAAGCACUCUGCUCUCCGCACUCCGCUGUCCCCAGUCCUCCCCUUUCACUAAACCGGAAACGACUCCUCCCUUGAGAGUCAAAAUACUGACAUUUCACUGCAAAUAUUCAUUUUAUCUUUGGAAGCGUAUGCAUUGCUCGGGACCUGCCGUCACAAAAUGGUAAUGUUUAAGUCUGUCACACUGGAUGUAGUUUAAACACAAAUUUUAUCGUCAGAGCAACCAUUUUUACUCCAUUUUACUCUUGCAGGGAAGUUUAUCGGAUGAUCAAAUAGCAGGUAGGGGCGACGUGAUAUGAAGCUUCAUGGAUUUUCCAAUCAUCACGUUUUCCUUUCUUGUCAAUUUUCCCGUAAAAUGGUUCAACUACUCGAUAUGUUUUUUCUCUGUCAUCUCCAGAGCAUAAGGAAGCUUUUUUACUUUUCGAUAAGAGAGGAGAUGGAAAAGUUGACUCGGCUCAACUCGGAGAAAUCCUUCGAUCUCUUGGAUUGAACCCCACCGAAGCUGAUGUCAAGAAGGUUUUGAAGGAAGUAGAUCCAAGCGGUAGGAAACUUGUUAUAGUGAAGAUAUACUUAAUAGUUAACACAACGUUAAAGAAAGCUUCGAACUGAGUAGAUUCCUCAUCGAAAAUUGCCGACAUAUCCAUCAGAGCUGCGGUUUCGAAAGCAUGUUUACAUAACACAACGUCGACGUUUUAGAAUUGUUUAAGCUUAUGUUUUUGCACAUAAUAAACCUCGGAAAUUCUUUUAUCGUUUUGGGCAUUUUCCUCAGCCUUUCAUAGGUUUCACUCUAUAAAGUAACCCUUUCACUUGAGGAAUUUAACGGCCUUUGCUUUGCAAGCGAAUAAUGAACGACAUCAUAACAUACGAAAAAUUGUUUGCUCCGACGGUUCACCAAGGAAGAAUGUAGCUUAAACAAACUUCAGUUUCUGGUAAACAAAAUUUGAUGAUUCCAGCCGUGAUGCAUGUGCAGGUCUACAAAUUUAAGAAUGUCUGUCGUGAUCAUUUAAUAAUCUGACCCUUUGUAUUGAUCUGCUAAGUUUCUGCAUGGGAAGCCGGUCCGCUUUGUCCCAACAACAAUGAUUCUCACUGUGAUUUUGCUUUGGGUCAUUAAUCAUCAAAGCAAGGAGGUCUUUUACAAUACCAGUAAUUAGCAAAUGUUGGGAUUAUGCAUUUGCUGCAACAGACACAUCACUGAUCAGCUAGCUUAGUUCGUAGGUAAACAAUGAAAGAUGUACACCUCUGAGACCGGCCCCGACUAUCCGUCUUAGAGAGGCAAGGCUGGCAACCCCCACGUCUUCAAAUAUUGAGAAUUGAUGGGAAAGGGAUGAUAGAUGACGUCAUAAUGCACGGCAUAUUACAUCAUUUGUGAAAAAAAAAGUGCGAAAAAGAUGUUGUUGGAAUUGUAACAUUUGACCUAACUGGUUUUCUUCCCAUCAAUCAUAUUAUUGCUUAUAUUAAAAUGUUACCUUAAACAAUGCAAAAUAUUUGAAAUUUCAUUGACAGAAAGUCAAAUCUACAAGAAAUGGCAAACUUUGGCAAUUAUCCAGGAGAUUUCAGACUCUUUAUCUGGAGACUGGGAGAAACAGUUCAAAAUCUGGAGUCUCCCAGAUUAUCCGGGAGAGUUGACAGCCCUGGAGAGGUGUCUCACGUAAAGGGGGGGACUUGUGGAUUUAUAGUAUUGCAGUAUUGAGCUUUUUUCAAGCAGUAUUUUGGUAAUUUUGAUUUCAAUGUGCGGUAUUGCAGUAUAAUCCAGCCCUGCGGUAUGCAGUUUUUCAUCCUUCUGGCUUACAACGGUAUUCAGUGAAAGAAGAUCCUUCACAGUCUUGUGAUACCAUUCAUUUAGCCUCUCCUGUCUAAUGUAGGUCAAUAUUUGGAAGAUUUCAGACUUAAUGUUAAAUGAUUACACAAUUUCGUGACACUGUUUCGUGACACUAAAAUUUUCCCAGUCAAAGCCUUGCAGUUGGAACCUCUAGUACAACGACCACCUUCUGUAAAUGACGGCGACCACUUUUUGGUCCUGACAGAUAAUGAUUUCCCAUUGUUUUUAACUUCUUGUAAGUGACCACCACUUGACAGGUUUUCUGAUCUCUAUGUUCGCUUUGUGCACUAUGCUUGUUAGAAUAUACGAAGAACUUUAGUGACAACAUGGAACUGCACAUGUCAUAACUUAGACAUUGCAUCCAAUAAAUUAUCUUCCAUAAAGUAGAUAUGUGCCCGGACCUCUUCUCGGAAAAAGCCCCAUGUGGUUCGAUUCUUGUAAAUGACCACCUUCCAAGAGCCACCACGCAGUCAUUGCAUUUUGGGUGGUCACUUACGGUAGGUUCAACUGUAGUUAAUGUAGAAUGACUGAAAAUGGCAGGGACCAGCACCAGGGGUCUAGUGUCUUAUAGAGGUGUUCGUCUAAUGGAGAUGUCUGUUAAGAGAGAUUUGACUGUAGUAUCCUGUGUUAUGCACCAAUCAAUUUGACACUUCAACAUCCCAUUACUAAUGCCAGGGGAGUGGGGAAUUUGACCAUUGCCUGGGUGAGGUGGGAAAUGUAUAAAAUUGGAAGUGUUAUGUUUAACUUCUUUGGACAAUCUGGGUCUGACAGCGUGGUUCGAUAGUUGCAAUAUUCCUCAUAGUGAGAUGGAUGAGUUUUUUAGGAAGAGAAAUAGCUGUUUAAAUAAAUGGCUUGUUCAACUAGGACUUUAAAAGCUACAUGUACAUGUAAGUGGUUUUGAAGAUAAAAUGUAUGGUAAUGAGAUCAACUCACUAUUUAACUGCUCUGGUUCUCAAUAUUGCUGUUCAACGUAAUGUGUUAAGUCCGGAAAAUUCACUUAAGUCUCUUUUUUUUAAUUCACAAAUAUUAUGGACAUUAUCUACAAAUAUUUCUUCCUUGGGAGAGCAUUUGACUACUACAUGCUCAUUUGGCAGACCUUGCAUAAUUUGGGCACCCCUCGUUCGAGUAUCGGUUGACAUUAGCCACCAGUUAUUGGCCAUUACAUACCUGGUCAACAUGUUGGCAGACAUCUUGGUCGACACUCAGUCAACAUGCCGGUUGACUAUCAGAUGACAUGUCAGCCGACCUCUCGGCAGACAGUCAAGUAAUAUAUAUGGAUACCGAUACAUGUAUAUACAGCAAGUGUCAAGGGUUGGCAGAAUAUCCCUCCACUAUGUGUGGUACUUGUGUAUAAAGUAAUUUGUGUUAAUCAGAACUCAUAUGUAAAAACAGACAGUAGCUCAAAGAAAGGUUUAACAAAGUAACCCAAUUAAAAAAUGUAGCUGCAAAUUGACACACCUAUUCUCUCAAACUCUGUGCCUCCUCUAUCAAGUAAGGAUACAAGUUUGAAUUGCAAGUAUUGCAAGUAUCCACUCUCACAUAGACUGGUCAAAACUCCAAAAGUACUUUAAAAAUUGCUGCCUGGACAAUGGACCAAACGAAUUUGAACUGACAUGUGGGAAAUAUGACUCCGGAGGAAAUAUGACCAAGCAUCAGUAAAGUAUCAGCCUAUUGAUUGAUGUAUCGGCUGAUUAUUGGUCAACAUUCUGACACACUAUUGGCUGACAUGUUAGUCCUCAUGCAAGCCGACUCUCUGUCAGCUAUGAGUCAACAUACAGCGUACACUCGGCCAACUGAUGUCAACCAACAUAUUGACUGAUCCUGCAAAGGACUGAAAUUUUGAUUUUAGUGAUCUGAAAUGUAAGGGUAAGGAUUGCGAGAUACAUACUGCAAACUCACACCUACAAUGCAAAAAUGUGUGUUUCGUUUGUUUUCCUUUUCAGGUAAUAAACGCAUCUCAUUUGAGGAAUUUUUGCCAAUUUUCCUUUCAAUUGGAGGAAAAACAUCAACCAACACUUCCAUUGAAGGUUUUGUAGAUGGUUUUGCGUGUCUUUGACAGAGAUGGAAAUGGCCAGAUCUCAGCUGCUGAACUGCGACAUGUUCUCACAGGACUUGGUAGGGUAAUCAUUGAUACUCUCUGGAGAGUACGCAUCAUGGGAUGAGUAUACUCUGACUCACAGAAUGAUGCAUACCCUCUGCUUAUAGAAUGGUGGGUGCCAACAGCAGGAAAUAAAUGGUGAAAAAAAGCCAAGAACAAAAUCUAAAAUGCUAGAAUUAUUGGUUUUGAUACUGGUUGGUUCAUGUUCAUACUGUAGUUAAGUUUUUCUGGAAACUUCUACACCAGAGAUUCACACAGUUGUUCUCUUUUUUUCACAAUUUCGCUCCCUCUCAAAAUAUACCUUAAACCUUUGAUGACUGCUUUGGUCAUUUCAUUUCAUUUUGAAGGUGCAUAUUUUCGUUCCUGGACCCAUUUAGCUGUCUGUAAUAAGUUGCUAAGCAGCAACAUCAGCAAAGAUCUUUCCAUCGAUACAUCCAAAGAAACACUUUUGGGAAAAAUCCAUGCCAAUUUUGCUGUUUACUCACUUCUCUUUGAGGAUUAAAUUUGUCCCUUUCCUAAAAAGCUAGCCAGCCACAAUUCCAGGCAAAAGUAAGAUGAUAAAGCUGGUAACGAAACUGCUUAUGAAGAAGAAAGGCAAGGGGAAAAGGAGAGUGAGGAGAAAGAUUGAAAUAGAUUUGGCAAAAAUAAACAAGCUCAAAAUUUGGCUUUUGCGCAUGUGAGAAAGACAAAAAAGCUGUUUACAUGUAAUUAUAUGUGAUUAGCUUAUGCCCUUCUUAUAAUAGAAGAAGAAGAAGAAGAAGAAUACUUUAUUUAUCCACGGUUGUCUCAUCAGGCAUAUCUAUAAUAAUUAAUUAAAAUUUAAAAUUUAAAAUUACAAACAAUUUUAUAUAUUACUACUUUACUUAUUUACAAAUAUAAAAUAUAAAACCCUGCUUUCCACGAGAGCCGUGCAUUACUAAUCUAAAAACUAUAACUAAUUGUAGUAAAAUGACCCGACUACCGCAGCCCGGCUUUGAAGCUUUCUAGUGUUUUUGCUUGCCGUAACCCAGCUGGCAGACUAUUCCAAAGCACCGCACCAGUAUACCUGCCAACUCUCACGCCUUAGGCGUGAGUCUCACGCCUGCGGGUUGAAAACUUCGAUCUCACACCGGCUCACGCCUGCGGGCCAAUUUCUCACGCCUGAUUGAAAAAUGUGAGUUGUUGCCGUCUUGCUUGACACAAUUUUCAAAAAUAUGUUAACUCAGACCCAUGUAAGGAACGAAAACCAUGUGUAAAAUGAAUAGAUGACAAUACCUUCCUCGUGAUCUCUGAUUUUGUGGAUAAGUGUUUUCUCGAUAACUUCGCCUUCGGCAGACUUCGGACUUCUUCGGGAAUCUUCGGAAAUGAUCGUGUCGUCUGCAAAAAUCCCAGCACUCCCAGGAUAAAAAUCUCACGCUUAUAACUCAGAAAAAGUUGGCAUGUAUAUAUAUGCCAAACUGACUUUGCACCCUAAUAACAGCUAGCUGUAUGUCACAACACAAUUUUGCAGAACAACACUGUUUAAACUAGUCAAGUCAUUUUUAAGGCCAGUGUCUCCCCAAAACUGCCUAACUCUGUAACAGGUCAAGCCCAAGGCUAGCUUUUGUUGCUGAUGGUAAAUUACAGCUUCCAAAGUUCACGCAUGCAGAUUUGUUUGUUGCAGUUUCGUUUCUAGGCAACUGUGGACACAAACCUGCCAAUUCUAUAUGCGCCCAUGUAGAUUGUAUUUUGCUAAGCAACCAUAGAUCCACCUCUGGCACAAACCAUUUCAUGUACUCAUUAAACCAUUUUCUUGCUUGGUUCAAUAAAAAAAGUUUUACAUCGAACAAGAUGAAAUAUGCAAAGCAUUGUUAACCAAGAAACUGAAUGAAUAUUUGAAUGAUUGUACAUCUUUUUGCUUUUCUGUAAGUAUUUUGGACUAAUUCUCAUUAGGGGUGUCUCUUGGACAGGACUCAGGGGUUUAUUAGAAGGGGGUGUCUAAUAAAAUUUUGACUUUGUAGUGGGGGUGUUUUUAUCAGAUAAGAGGUAUUUAUUUGGGCGUUUAUUAGGUCAUUUAUCGUUUAUGUUAUAUUUUUUAGGAGAGAAAAUGACUGAAGAAGAAGUAAAUUUACUAGUCAGUGGAAUAGAGGACCAACAAGGACAAAUUAACUAUGAAGGUAUAAUAUGUAAAGAGUGUUUGUUAUUGUUCAAGUUGAUAUUAGCAGAGCUCCACGCACGUAGGCAAGUGGAGCCCCAUAGCUAAGAAAAUGUGGUUCUCUAUCCAUCCGAGAAAUUUUGGUAGUCAUGACUGUACAUCGGUCCAUUCACCUGUCUGUCCACACCACAUGACAACCAAUGUAAAACACAUUGGAAAUCCAUGUUGUAGUCAAUUGACAGUUAUCAAAACGGGGUAUCCACUGACCAGUAUCACAUGACUGUAUUGUUGGCCUAGGUAUUGACUCAUUGAGCUGAGAGUGGAUGUUUUUUUGAAGUUAUGUGCUGACAAGUUACUAGUUUUCAACUGAUCUCAGGCUCAAAUCCAAAUAGAUUCUUUGCAAUAGUUAUAAGUUAAUUGUUUGAAAUAAAUUAUAAAUUUAUUAACAGGAACUCUGUCUUUAGCCCUGGCUAAAUCUAUGUAUUAGUCUUUUUACUAUGUUCUCAGAAAUAUCUUUAUAUCUCUCAAUAUAUGGGGUGUUUUUUUUAUGUCUUAGCGCACUUGCCGCACUCGCCCCCAACCUGCUUCUGAUUUGCAGACAAUAUAGUAUCAGGCACACACUAAAAAGCAAAAUGAAGUCCUUUUCCUUUUUGAUUUCCCUCCCCCCUCCUUCUUUCCCCUUUCAACCCCCCCACCCCAUUUUUCUUUUCAUUAAGUUUCCUUCCGAUGGAAAAGGUGUUUUUGGGAAAGCUUUCAGGAUGAUGGAAUGAGAUGUAGGUUCUGCUGCCCUAUUUCACUACACUGUAUUUUUUCUUUGCUUAAGGAAAGGACUAUAGACUAUUGUUAACCCUAGAGUGAUCAACAUUAAUUCUCUCCUAACAAUAAUUAUCAAUUGAAAACCAAGAGAAAAGGCUAAAGAAUGAAUAAAAUGAUCACUUAAAGGGAAAUGCUUUGACCUUUUAUCUUAGUAAUUCUCUCAACUAAUUCUUUUAGGAAUGUGUGGAGGUCAGUCUAGAGAAUUGUAUCUUGAUAGUGGGGUUUCAUCUUUUUUGAUAUAACGGCAAUCAUUAGGCCAAAACUAAUUAGCACGCUGGAUGGUUGAGUAUAUCCCCAGCGUGGGGGGAGGGGGUACUCAAAUAAGUUUUAUACAGGGAAGCUCCGCCCCGGGGUUUAAUACCUUACCUUUUUAUAUACUGUACCAUUUAUGACAGAAGAGGUACCCCUUUCGUAUACCUUCUAAGUGACAAGUGGAAUUCUUUUGACAAACCUAGUUUACAACUGUUGCAUCCUUUUUUAACUGCUGCAAAUGCCCUGUCUUUGAAAUAUGAAUCGAUCACAAAACCAGAACGUAUUCUCGACUUUUUCACAGCCUUAAAAUGUAUCUGUUAGCCCUUUUGGGCCUUUUCAUUGUCAGAAAUGACAGAUUUCCUUGCCCUUUCAAAUACUUCAACAAGCGAAAUCCCUACCCUUUUAUAUUUUUGAAGCCUGAAAAAGGUAAACCUUCGAGCGGAGCCUCCCCGUAUAGUUUGGUAUGACUAGGCACUGCUACUCACAACAAUGAUAUUAAAGUAUUUCUUUCGUCCUGUACAGAAUUUGUCAAGAUGGUUAUGAGUGGAUAAAAUAACAGCUUUUAAAGACGAUAAUAAUAGUCAUUUAUAGUGAUUUAGAAAUAUGAAGAAACAGAAACUGUUACUAAGAAACUAAGAGCUGAUAUCAUUGAGACGUCUGAAAACGAAAAUGGAGGGAUACCGGUAAAUGUACAUUAAAUUAUAAGGAUAUACAAGGUGCAAUGUUACUUGACAUUUAUUGACAUAUUUUCUAUAAAUCUGAUGUACUGCAGAAUAGACUUUUGUAUGCUACUUUUGUAGGCAA